UGUUGCCAUCCUUAACAAUAAUUCACUAACGUAGGACUCUGAAUUUAAAAUGGGUGAUUAGAUUUAUUUUAAAUGCGCUUUUACACGUGAAAUAACCAUAAGUGACACGUCAAUACACACUACACAAUACAACAUGAAACUCUUAAAAGGCUAAAAGCGGAAAUUACCACCAAUAACCACAAGGAUGUGACAUACAAAUGUAUACAAGAGCAGUUCUGUAAAACUUUUUCACUGUGUACAGUAGAGGCUACCACAAAAACAUACUGGGACUGAGAGCCAAUCAAAUCACUGCGAAUGUUUGACAGGCACACGCACGGACCAAUAGAAUAGCUCGAGGUAUGCUGGAGAGGGGCGGGCUGUAGGAUAUCCUAUGUCAUCAACUCAACGGGCUUUGUUGUUCUUUCGGGGCAAAGAAAGACGUUAGGACGUUGUAAACAGCCGGUCUGAGCAAAGAGACACAUUUAACUUGGCUCAAUAUAAUCAAAAGCCAACCCGGUGUGGCGGUAAACCGAUGUCGUCUGGAGAAAAGUGGUGUAUUUGUGGGAGCAGAUCCUCUCAGCAGUGAGCUAGCUCCGGAUAGGAGCGGAAGGAAUUCCAGACAUUGGGAAGAAGGGGACAAAUCUCUGCUGGGAUGCCUCACGCAAGUUGGGAAAAAACUGUAUUUAACAGUUCCGCCUGGGAUCGUGGCACUAUAAACCCGGAACGUGUGCUCGGUUGACUGCUGUAAAAUUGCAGGAAAGAACAAUUUGAUGGUGAUUUUGUAACUGUGCCAGUUCAGCGAGUUAGCCACGUAGCUACGUAGCCUUCAGUAGGAAGUCAUUUAAAAUGGCGGAAGGUUGGCCCAUUCCUUCGGCCCUUGUCUUCAUGCUGUUGAGUUUGAGUGCCUGGGCUCUUGGUCCUUGUCCGGCUCCUUGCUCGUGUUCAGAAGGACAAGAUGAGGUCCAUAUUCUGGACUGCAACAGGAAAAGGCUGUCGAUGGCUCCCCGGGACCCACCGGAGGGGAUAACCCAAGUCACCAUGAAUCACAAUGAGCUGACUGUUCUUCCUUUUCUUGGAGAUGUUUCCUCAAAUAUCACCUCACUGUCAUUAGUACACAAUAUGAUCUCCGAGCUGAUGAUGCACCAGCUGCAGCCAUAUGUUUCCUUGGAGACACUGGACCUGACAUCCAACUCUAUCUCUGAGCUCAAAGUUGGCUCCUUCCCUUCCAUGCAGCUGAAAUAUCUGAAUUUGAGUAAUAACAAGAUCAGCGUCCUUGAGCCUGGCUGCUUUGAAAACAUCUCCAGCUCCCUGCUGGUGCUGAAACUGAACAGGAACAGAUUAGUUGUGUUGCCAUCCAAAGUCUUCAAACUACCACAGCUUCAGUUCCUCGAAAUGAAGCGUAACAAGAUCAAGAUAGUGGACAGUCUGACAUUCAAAGGGAUGGACUCACUGCGGUCACUGAAGAUGCAGAGGAACGGGAUCACUAAGCUCAUGGAUGGAGCCUUUUUUGGGCUUAACAACAUUGAAGAACUAGAGCUGGAGCACAAUAACCUAACCGAGGUCAACAAAGGUUGGCUGUAUGGCCUGCGCAUGCUGCGAGUCCUGCGGGUCAGCCAGAAUACUGUCGGCAUCAUCCGACCAGACGCCUGGGAGUUUUGCCAAAAGCUAGAGGAACUAGACUUGUCCUUCAAUCAUCUGACUAGACUUGAGGAGACGGCUUUCGUAGGAUUAGGUCUCCUGGAGAGCCUGAACCUGGGAGAAAACUCUAUCAGCCAUUUGGGAGAGGGAGUGUUCAGCGGCCUGGCAAGUCUGCGCACGCUAGAUAUCCGUAAUAAUGAAAUCUCCUGGGCCAUUGAAGACUCCAUUGGUGUGUUUGAUGGAAUGAAGAAGCUGAACACACUAAUCCUACAGCGGAACAAAAUCAAAUCAAUCACUAAGAAAGCGUUUGAGGGCUUGGAUGAGCUGGAGCACCUGGACCUCAGCAAGAAUGGCAUCAUGUCGAUACACCCUGAGGCGUUGUCCCAUACGAAGCUCAAAGUGUUUGUCCUGAACACGAGCAGCCUGCUGUGUGACUGCCACAUGCAGUGGCUUGGGCCUUGGCUGACUGACAGCCAGUUCCAGCAGUCUGUCACUGCUGUCUGUGCUCAUCCUGCCAGCCUUCUUGGACGCAACGUCCUGUCCAUCAGCCCGGAAGAGUUUGUUUGUGAUGACUUCCCCAAGCCUCAUAUCACAACUCAUCCAGAGACGUCUGUGGCACUGCGGGGGAACAAUGUGACUCUGAGCUGUGUUGCUUCCAGCAGCAGUGAUUCGCCAAUGACCACAGCUUGGCGGAAGGAUGGGGAGGUGCUGUAUGAUGCAGAAGUGCAAAACUAUGCCCGGUACCAGGAGGGAGAGCUGAUCUACACCACUGUGCUUCACCUCCUCAAUGUCAACUUCACUGAUGAGGGGCGCUACCAGUGUGUGGUCUCCAAUCACUUCGGCUCCAAUUAUUCCAACAGGGCCAAGCUUACUGUUAAUGAGCUGCCAUCCUUUCUUAAGACUCCCAUGGAUCUGACAAUCCGGACUGGGACCAUGGCCAGGCUGGAGUGUGCUGCUGAAGGCCAUCCAUCACCCCAAAUUGCUUGGCAGAAGGACGGAGGCACUGACUUCCCUGCUGCCCGAGAGCGCAGGAUGCAUGUGAUGCCUGAUGAUGACAUCUUCUUCAUUGCUAACGUGAAGACAGAAGACAUGGGAGUGUACAGCUGCACUGCUCAAAAUGCAGCUGGCAGCCUGUCUGCAAAUGCCACUCUCACUGUCCUAGAAACUCCAUCCUUCAUGCGACCGCUGGAAGACCGAACAGUGGCCCGUGGUGAAACUGCAGUGCUUCAAUGUAUAGCUGGAGGUAGCCCAGCCCCACGUCUCAACUGGACCAAAGAUGAUGGGCCUCUGGUCCUCACAGAGCGCCAUUUUUUUGCUGCAGCCAACCAGCUCCUUAUCAUAGUUGAUGCUGGUCCUCCUGAUGCUGGGAAAUAUACCUGCAUCAUGUCUAAUACUCUGGGAACAGAACGUGGCCACAUCUACCUGAGCGUCUCACCAUCACCAAACUGUGACACCGGUACAGGAUACGAUCAGGACGGCUGGACCACUGUGGGCAUCGUGGUGAUUGUGGUGGUGUGCUGUGUGGUUGGAACCUCACUGGUGUGGGUCAUUGUCAUCUAUCACAUGCGCAGGAAGAGUGAGGACUACAGUAUCACCAACACAGAUGAGAUGAAUUUGCCAGCAGACAUCCCCAGCUACCUGUCCUCUCAGGGUACUUUGUCAGAGCCGCAGGAAGGCUACAGUAAUUCUGAGGCUGGCAGCCACCAGCAGCUCAUGCCUCCUCUUUCCAAUGGAUAUGUCCAUAAGGGCACAGAUGGUGUGUGUUAUGGAGACACGGGCAGCGAGGUGGAAACUGAAGGGAACGGCAUGCUGCAUUGCAGGGUUGGCUCUCUGUUCACUGGUCGCAGCAGCUUCCACCCUGGAGAGCCCCGUGAGGGAUUAGCUGGACUCCCCACAGGUGGUGCAGGUUCGCUGGUCAUUUGCUCCGACUGCUACGACAACGCCAACAUCUACUCUCGCACACGGGAGUACUGCCCCUACACCUAUCUGGGAGAGGAUGAUCCGCUGGACAAAACUCUACCAGGCCUGAAGGAGAGCUUCAGUGAGCAUGCCCAGCACAAGGAGACAACAUUGGAGAGCCUCAUUAGCAACCAGGACUGUGACUUUCUCACCUCACAUGAUAAAAGGUUGAGCAGCCACACUCCCCCAGACUACGAUUCUCUUAGCAGGUGCUUCUGGGGAGAAGGGGGCGAUCCGUCAUCAAAACCCCAACCAGGUGCAUCCCAGCACCCAGUGACUGUACACAGGACACCUCCUCUGACCUCCAGUGCCGACGGGGCAGAGGAACAGAGUGGCGCAGAGGUGGACUGUUUUCCCAGCCAAUGCACGCAGGACCACAGAAGUGCCUCUAAUAGGACUAACCCGCAGGAGCAUCCUGCUCCCACAUAGGUCCUUACAAUCCACCCACGUUCUGCCUCUGAUUCCUCGUUGCUGCACCCCCCACCCCUCUUCACCCACUACCUCCAAAGAGACUCCUCACAUUCUGCCAAAGAUGCUCUCUUGUAUGUUUACACUCCCCUUUCACUCAAGAGGACAUGCUAACGUUCUCCAUUGUGGAAAGACUGCGGUGUCAGGCUGGAGAAAUGGACUGCGGUGAUUAAAGUGACCUCCUCCUUGACACCUCCACCUCUGCAGGGCCCAAUUUCUCCAACAUCCUCCACUCUUCUUUGUUCUCUUUCCAGAGAAAGCUAUGAAUGUAUGCUUUAAAGAGCCAUGUCGGAUGCUGCCACGAGACAACGCCGAGACAUGGUUAAGUCUUUAAAAGCUCUCUCUUCCGUCCUGCUGCUGUGGGGCUGAAUCUUCUCUCAUCAUUCCUGAUACAGACACCUGUUGGAGCAGCCUACAUGACUUUGGUAGAAAUUACAAACCACGUAUUCCCAGGUGGGGAAAAGGGGGUUUAAAAUGGGACAAUUGUAGUUCCCUGACCAGCAGGUUGUGGUUGUUGAUAUAGGAAGGAACAUUGAAAACAUACGUCCUAAAUUCCCACAGCCAUCCCGAAUUACUCAAAACUAUGCUAUCUGGUAUCCUGUUAUGCAAAUCCCAGAGACAGUGACACCAAAAUGUGGUGUAUAUUAUGAAUAUAUAUGAAUAUAUCCUAUAUCAUCUUUAUCUUUUUGUCCUAUGUCAAAUGCAUUUUAUGUCUUCGUUAUCAUGAGCAGUUUGGGGAGAAAGCGUACAAUUUUAUUUGCACAUGUGACAAUCAUGGUUUUGCUGGCUAUUUUCUUAUGGUUGUCUAUUGGAUGGCCUUUUUUUUAAACAAGCAUUCUCAGUAACCUCGAUCAGGUGACGUUAUGGGUUAUAUGUACAAUAUGCACUGAUUUGUUUUCCCUUUUAUCAUAUCUUACAGGCACUUAAUUUAAUGGUGGUCAACUUUAUUAUGCAGUGUGCAUGCCGUUUUGAAUUGUGAGGAUUUAUCGUCACAGUUUUAUCUCAGAAAGUUCAUGAUCCUUCCGUAGAUAUCGAUUGCCUAGGUUUUCACUUGGGACUGUGAAAAAUGAGAAUGUAUUGUAUUAUUUUAUACAUGUAUGUGUACAUAAGGAUAGUAAUCUAUUAAAUUCCAUGUCCUAGUCCAUGUGCAGAGAGGUUUGCGACAUAUUGCUGCAGUAAUUUUAAGCUUUUAUCGUCCCUGUUUUUACCUGUUGGUUCAGGUAACGAGAUGAACAAAUUUGGGUUUUGUUUCCCUCAUAAAAUACAAUAAAUAAACAGUUUCAUCAAACUGUAUUGUUUCUAAAUGUCAGCUGUUUUAAAAAUGAAAAUGCCUCUCGUGUAAAAGAAUGCGCUCUUGUUUUUAUCAGGUUAAUUGCCUUAAUUAUUGCACUUCAGAGUUGCUCAGAUGUGAUUGGCUUUGUUUGGGACUCAGAAAACUCACAUUUGCUCAGUAUAUUUAGAGAAUUACACCGGUUUAUUGGGUUCACCUAACUCAAACUAAUGCUGUAUGAUUAAACAGUCGCGCAAUAAAUCCUACCUUCAUAAAGGUUUUUAAGAGGUGUUGAUUCAACUGUAUGGUCUUUUUGGAAGAUUGUAUUGCAUUAUACUGACUGGUGUUUCUGGUAUUUCGUCCACGCCAUUUAUAUCAAUGAGGGUAGAUUAAAUAACAGAAACACCCCUCUGCAAUAGACUGCAUGAGUUUUAGCUAGGUGUAACUAAUAAACUGGCAGCUGAGUGUAUAUCUUACUCAUUCUUCAUGGUUAUGUCUGACAACAUAUUUGAAUGUUUAUUUUUGUUAUUGUCAUGUCCGUUUCGUUGAUAAUCAGAACUGCUACAUUCUGCUCUUUUACUUUUGACCAAGAAAGGCUUUAUAAUGUUCCUUUUCUCCCUUUUUUGUGGCGGUGCAGAGUUCAGACACUAAAAAUCAAUAAUGCUGAGUUGAAAAUUUGUAAUGGUGUAGCUUGAUGCUAUAUUUUCUUUGUAAUGUUUUACGUUACUUUUUAUCAAUAAUUUCUCAAAAUCGACUGCGUGUACGCGUUGAGCAGCAAAUGGUAUCGGUACACAGCCGCCUCCUCAGUGGCACAUGCAGAUAUGAAUUGCAUGUCAUUCUUGCACUCUUUUGUUUCUAGCUCCUAGCUUUAUUUUGCUAAUCAUGCCUUUGAUUGCCACAUCAGCACAUUCCAAGCCUUUCCCUUCUGAAAUGGCAUUACCUAGGAAGUUGAUGAACUGUUAUUAUUUUUCAAGUCGAGACUUAAACCAACCCUGAGUUCUUCUGUAUUUUGACACACUCCCUUGCUUCAGUAGAAGCAGAUAUUUGUUGUUUCUUGGUGUUUUCUUGGCCGAGGUCAUGAAAUUGGCCCCUUUUUUUUUUUUGAGCAGUGAGAAGUAAUUCUAAUGGAGCUACAUGUUGUCAAUAUUUUCUGCCAACACAGUGUAACAUAAUCUGCAUUUGUAUUGUUUUAUUCUCUGAACGUCCUUUUAUGACUUUAUACCAAAGUUUAGCAGUAACUGCUCUGGCGAUAUCCAAUGCUGCUUUUUUGUAUUGUUGAAGUUUUGCAUUUUGUUUUUAGUAGUAUUUUUUUUUUUUUUUUGACCUUGUUUGCCUGUACAUUCUGUAAAGCAUGUCUAAAGAGCCUUUUUGUUACGUAGCCAUUUCUCAAACAUUAAACAUGAAUUCUGAUAA